AUGAGCCACAUCGCGCGCACCGAUAAAGACGAGUUCCAGCCCUCGUCCAAUCAAGACCGGUGGCGGUUGACGCCCCAAGACAUCACUUCUCUGAGAAAAGCGGCGAACGCACGCGGAAGAGGAUUGGUCGCGGCCGGCGUCACGACGCCGCCUGAAGCGUGUUGUAGAGUACCAUUAACAACAAUCGACGAGUGCGCCGAGCCGGGCGUUUCCGCUGAUGACGAGGCGAAACUACUACGGUGGUACGAGAAGCAGAUCCCUUUACUGGUUGGUCGAACGGGUGAUACAAAAGCACCGAGACGCCUGAGAAGAAAUAGGAAAGUCGCGGCGACGGCCACUAUACUAAUAAAACGCUUCUACCUGAGCCACUCCAUGCUGGAACGGGAGCCGCUCGCGCAUACGCUCGCGGCGGUCUUCUUGGCGGCCAAAACGGAAGAUGAGUUCGUCUCUGCCGGAGAACUCGCGGCGGCCGUCGUCGAGAGCAGCGACGAGGUCCAGCGGCUGGCGUUCCGUGCGUCAAAGGCGGAGCAGGCCAUCUUGAGCGGCGUGGGCUACGAUUUGCGGGUCGCGCACCCGCACGGGGCCGCGCGCGCGCUCGUCGAUGGAGUGGACGUUGACGUUAGUAGAAUAGAAGAUGAGUGCGACAAGCUGCUGACGACGGACGCUCCAUUAAUACAUGCGCCAUCCUUGCUCGCGGCCGUGGCGUGUCUGAGGGUCGGUGGAUGUGAAGAGAAAUUGAAGGAGAUUUUGACGCCCGAGGCCCUGGACGAGGCGAAGGCCCUGGCAUCACAGGCGGAACCUGACGAGGACGCCGCGGCUUUGAAGAAGAUCCGCAAGCGGUUAAAAAGAACGGCGCUGUGGCGGGAUCCUCCACAACCGAAGAAGCGGCCGGCUUCGUCAGAGGAAGCCUACGUUCCUGAGGAGGGUGGCGCGGCGGCGCCGGCGGCGAAGCGUCCUCGCCGCGGGGCGGCGCCGCUGCCCGGGACGUUCGUCGGCGCGGGAUCGGACUCCGUCGCGCAGCGCGAGACGGCGUCCGUGCUCGCGGCGGUGCGCGGGGAGGCGGCGCCGACUUAA